CUCCGCGCGUCGCGGCGGCCGCUGGUUCUCGCCCACGCCCGGCCCGGUGGAGGUGCCGGCGCCGCAGCUCCUCGCCCGCGGCCGCCACGGCGCCGCCGCUCUCAGCCCGCAGCCAGCCGGCGGUCCCCGCGCCUCCCCGUCAGGUGCAGGGAGGAAGGACGGCGCAGCGAGUGACCUCGCCGCCGGCAGCCGCCUCGGCGCGCGCGGCCGCCCGUCCCGUGCGCUGGCUCUCGGUGGCGCCCUGAGUGUGCUUUAAGAUGCGGAAAAGGGACGCGUGGAGCGUCCAGGGAUGAGGCCCGCCCGUAGACGAGGGAGAUUGAUAGUGCCAAAGCGAUGCUUCACUGUGUCAAGUAGGCUGGCGUGGGUGGAAGAUGAGCUCAUGGAAAUAAGAAAGUCACAAGAGCAAAGUUCAGUGAAAUCAAAGAAAAGGCCACCUUUGAGGCGUGGGAAGGUCUCCCCACAACUUCCUGUACCAGAGCACAUUCCAAGACCAUUGUAUGUUGGUUCGAAAGGACUGCCAGAACUAUGCAAGGGUCAACUACAUGACGCUCAAGGGAUUGCUGGAAUGAGAGCUGCUUGCAAACUUGCUGCCCGUGUUCUUGACUUUGCUGGGACUUUAGUUAAGCCAUCAGUUACCACAAAUGAAAUCGACACCGCAGUGCAUAAUAUGAUCAUUGAGGCUGGUGCUUAUCCUUCUCCACUUGGCUAUUGUGGAUUCCCUAAAAGUAUAUGUACGUCAGUAAAUGAGUGUGUCUGCCAUGGAAUACCGGAUUCAACACAGCUGCAGACUGGGGACAUUAUAAAUAUUGAUGUAAAUGUGUUCUUGAAUGGAUACCAUGGUGGUACCUCCAGAACAUUUGCAUGUGGACAGGUGGAUGAUUCUAUCAAGCAUUUUUUGAAGGCAGCUGAAGAAUGCUUGGAGAAGGGCAUUUCUGUCUGCAGGGAUGGUGUGAACUACAGAAAAAUUGGCAAGAAAAUAAGCAAGCUUGCUUAUUUUUAUGGCUAUUAUGUGGUGGAGCGCUUUGUUGGGCAUGGAAUUGGAACUAUGUAUCAUUCUGAGCCACUUAUCCUUCAUCAUGCAAACGAAAACUCAGGGCGGAUGGUUGAGGGUCAAAUAUUUACAAUUGAACCUAUACUUACGAUGGAGAAAACAGAGUGUGUUACAUGGGAAGAUGGAUGGACGACUGUCACCGCUGAUGGUAGCUGGGCUGCUCAGUUUGAGCAUACCAUAUUGGUCACUAGGAAUGGCGCAGAAAUACUGACAAAACUUUGAGUUUAUCUCCUGCUGAUCCUAGUCAGAAGUGAGCCAUCUACUUUCACGAUGAGAUGGUUAUGCAGCAGCAUCACCCUCCAGCCUAAUAUCUGAAAUAUCUACUAAAUUGUUCUAGGCCCACAUAUGGCAAGGUUUUCCCCUAUGUAGCAACCGGGCAGGAGAUGUGUGGGCACACAACUGCAUCUGUUUGUUAUUGCUGUUCACCUGCUGGCUGCUGUAGUAAUAUUGCAGGGUGGAAGUCCUGUCUGACACAUUCAUCACUAAUGAAGCUUCUAGAAAAUUGCUGUAUAUGAAAUUAGCUGUAGUUCAGUUUGUUACAAGUACUAAUACUGUUCCAAAAAUGGUACGGAAAAAAAUCCUGCAUGCUAUCCAUCUUAGAAGCAAAGUUGCAACCUUGGUCGCAAUGGUUUCCUUUCGCCUGGAUCUGCGGUUGUAGAAUCUGUUGCGUUACACUGUCUAAUAACACAAGUUGCGUCAUACACCACACAAGAUGGCUGGUUGAAAUGUUGAAAUGCAGGCUGAACUCUUGAAAGUUGAAGAGCUUCCAGAGAAAUGUUUUGAGUUUCAUA